AUGAUUCCUCUACUUCUCACCUCACAUGGCCUGUCAGUUACAGUUGACAUUAAAAGUGUGAAACACCAGACUGCAAAAAUAGUUUCAAUUUACAUCUUGAGAAAAAGAAAAGAUAAUCAAGAGUUAAUUGAUAAAGAAGAACAAGAGAAGUCUGAACUUCAGAGACUGCUAGGAGAGAAACUGUCACAAGCAGAAAUCAUUCAAAAAGAAAAAAAGAAAUUACUUGAAAAUAUUGAUGAAUUAAAUCAAGAGAGAGAUCAGCAGGUAAUGAAAAAAGACAAGUUGAACCAAAAGUCUGGAAGUUAUAAUAAUGAAGGUGCUGGCCUGAAAGCAGAGGCUGAAGCAGCUGCAGAGAAGCAGGCAAGAAUGAAUGAAUUGCUGCAAGAUGAGAAAAAACAGCUAUCAGAUUAUGAAGAGCUGUAUGAGAAAUAUCAAGGGCAGUUGAUGAAAUUUAAGGAUGAAGAAAUUCAGAUUAAUAGUGACUGUAUUCAACUUGAUGCCCAACUGAAGGAAGCUCUGGAACACGUUAAGGACGAUAUUGCUAACCUAUGUGAGGAAAAGGAUUCUCUCCAGUACAAGCUCACUAAAAUUCAGGAAGUUGUUGAUGGAAAGAAAUCACAGUAUGAAGUAGCAAAAUCUGAGUUAGAAGUAUAUGUUCUUCCUGAAAGUACAGAGAAAGAGAAGUUAAAGCUUUUGAUUCAGAAUCUCGAGAAAAUGACUGAACGUCUCUUAAAAACAAAGGAGGAAAAACAACAAAUGCUGGAAAGACUCCCUGUUGUGGAAAAGGAUUUAAUGCUGGCGAAAGAUGAAAAGAAACAACUGGCACAUGAAGAGGAAAUAUGUUCAAAACAACUGCAUGUUAUUCAAAUGAAAUUACAUGAAGCUCAUCAAACAAUGACAAAAUCAGUUUCAAGUAAUAAAGUUGUCGAAUAUUUGACGAACUGCAAGUUGGAGAAUAAGUUACCAGGUUUCUUUGGAAGAUUGGGAGACCUUGGUGCCAUAGACGAGAUGUACGAUGUGCCAGUUUCAACAGCCUGUGGAUUUUUAAACCACAUGGUAGUUGAUACAGUGAAAACAGCACAGGAAAGCAUUGAGCUGUUGCGUCAGUCAAACAUCGGCCAGGCAUCAUUCAUUGUUCUUGAAUACCAACAAAAGCCUGAGAAUGCACCACGGUUAAUUGACUUAAUCAAAUUAGCAGAUGAGAGAGUUCGUGUGGCAUUUUACUUUGCUCUACGUAACACACUUGUUGCAAAUGAUGUAGCACAAGCAACAAGAGUUGCUUUUUCUGGAGGAAAUCGUAACAGAGUAGUUACUUUACAAGGACACAUCAUUGAAGCUACAGGUGAAAUGACAGGUGGUGGCCAUACUGUGAAAAAAGGUCUAAUGAGUCAAAAAGUACCUGAAGCUCCAGUUACUCAGCAAACUGUGGAGGACCUUGGAAAAAAGAUCCAAGAAUGCCAGAAAAAACUUGAAGAGUUUACUAGGAAAAUUCAUGAGAUUGACAAAAAAAUGUGUUUCCUUACACCAGAGAUAAAUAAUAUGAAAACCAAAACACAAAAGUUGGAAACUGAAAUUAUGACACUUCAGAGAGAACACCCAAAACUCGAGCAUGAAGUAAAGAAUCAGGAAAAGAGAGUGUUAGAAGUUACAGUUGAUCCAGCAAAAGUUGCAGCUCUCACAUUGGUUAUGGGAAAAGCCAAAAAAGUCUUCUGGAUAAGUCAGAGCCUUACUUACUAG